AUGCGCCCGCUCAAACCAGCUACCACAGUUCCCAUGCCAAGAGACAAAGUGGCCGUGCUGAAGCCAAAGGCAUGUAUGCCUUGUCGAACUCGCAAAGUCAAAUGCGAUAGGAAGCUGCCGUGUGGGAAUUGCUGCAAGUGGGAGAUUAAGUGUGUUUUCCCAUCACCGAUACGAACCUGCAAUCGUGGGAGGAGAAAAACAGCAGCCGUCGAAAGCAUUGCGAAACGAAGGGUGGAAUCAGCGUCGCACGAAUCACGACUUGACCUGAUUCAAAAUUUGAUUUCCUUGAAGAAGACCCUGGACGAUCAAGCGUUGCUCUCUGACCCGCGGGAUCAAUUACUUGACGUUUGCCGUCAACUUGAAGAUAUUACUGGGACACUCCGACGGGCAACAAGCAUUGAUGCCGCUAAGGAGCAAGACGGGAAGGAAUCGAUUGAGGCAGCAGCCGAGUUGACCUCGUUGCAGAAGACACCGCUUGACAUAUUCGGAACCAAUUCGUCCAUUCUGCAGCCAAAGUCCGGAACAGUGAAGCUUUGCUGGCAAUCCUUCUCAGUCAAUAUCGACCCUCUCAUCAAGGUGCUACAUUCGCCCACUACGGAGGCGAUUGUUAAGAAAGGAAUAUACAAAUCGCAUGUCUUACAUAGCGGAGAGCUUGUGGUCCUAUUUGGAGUUUACCUCGCUGCGAUAUCUAGCAUGCCGUCGGACACCGUCCAGGCAAGUUUUGGCUUAUCCAAACGCUCAGCGAUUAGGACAUACAAAGGUGCUUUAGAACACGCUAUCCUUCGAGCGAACAUAGUGGCAACGGACGACCUGGUGACCCUACAGGGAUUUGUGCUUUCGUUGUCAUUGGAUCGAUUCUCAGAGGAUUCGCGGCGCGCGUGGGCUCUAUCAGAACUGGUUGAACGAUUAACAUGUUCUCUUCGCACUCAAACAACAGCGCUGCAACAAGAACUUCGAAAGCGACUGAUCUACGAGCUUUGGUACAUGGAGUACCGGGCGUAUGCAGAUCUUGGCCAUGUUUCGAAUCCUCCCUGCCUCAAAGCACUCCCAUAUGCGCCUACCAAUAUUGACGAUGCAGACCUCUCACCAGACUCCGUUGGAAAGCCUCUGUCGCAAUUUGGUUGGACGGAUAUGAGCUUUGCACUCAUACAAGCUGAUGUUGCUCGUACGGCCGUGCGUAUCGACAAUAUAGCUCUACCUGAGCGGAAGGAAGCUGAAAUAGACGCCUGUGAGAAUCGCAUUCGAUCACUAUACUUGACAUACUGCGAUGGCACCAGGUCUAUUCACUGGCUCGCGCAGCAUGUGGCCUAUGUACUUGUUAUGGAACUUCGCUUCAAAACAUACUGCCACCCGUCCCUCUGGGCGAUGCCAUACACCGAGAACCGAAAGUCGCUUUUCUUUGCCGCAAUAGACAUAUUGGACACGUCACGACGUGUGGCUAUGGAACCAGAAGCUGCGCAGUGGACUUGGUUGCUGGAAGCGUACAUGCAGUUCUGGCCGUUGCGGUUUGCCUUGCAGGAGCUUUGUCACAGCUGUCGACCGAAGACGCUGAAUCUAAGCUCGGGAAUUGUCGAACGAGCAUUGAAGCGCUGGGAGGGAAGUAAGAUAAGCAAGGAGAACUACGAGAUUUGUCAACGGCUCUGGAAACGGGCGAAGAUGGUAAUGCAGGCGAAUCGAUCGAGGGAUGUGACGUGGGACACGGGAAUACGAGAAGGGAAUAUGUUGGGAGGCCAGGAGCUGGUGUCAAGUGACGCCUUUACCGAUACGUUCGGCGGGGAUUUUGCCUCAACGGAUUCUGAGACUGUUAUGACGGAUAGUCUAUUUGGAUCGAAUGUAGAUGGUGGUUUUGUUGAGGUGCAAACUGUGGAUGGUGGCCAGCACCAGUUUGAGCUACCGGAGUUUACGGAUUUAUAUGGCUUGGGCGACUUGGGUGCAAUUUAUCCAUAG